AUGCGAGAUACAACAUGUCUCGAGCGACUUGGCCUGGCUCUGAGAACCGCCAUGGCUUGUCUUAUCGUGAGCUUAACCACUUUAUAUGGUCCCAAACCACUAAGAGGCUUGAUAACGUUCCCAGCCUUUUCUUACCUGACCACAAUCUUGAUCUGGCUAUCCGAUGCUGAACCAACAUACGGCGAAGUGCUCAAGUGUUGUGUAGAUGUCUCUUAUGCCACUUUUCAGACACUAGCCAUUGCGCUAGUGAGUGUCUUGGUGGUUGGACCAGCAUCACUAGGAAAUGGCUUGGUGGCUCCAGUUGCUGUGGCUAUAGCUUCAUUCAUCGUGGCUUUCCCCGUCUCCACAAGUCUUCUGACUAAACGAAUUGCCUUUGGGCAGAUUGUGGUUGUCUACGUGACUUUUGUGGUGUUCAAUGGAGAGAUGGCUCAUGUGGUCAUGCUCCCGGUUCAUGUGGCGGCUAGUACAGCGCUUGGAGCCAUUGCGUCUCUUCUCGCCGUGCUUCUCCCAUUUCCAAGACUGGCUCAUAGUCAGAUGACUAGGGGUUGCAAAUUAUAUGCUGAAAAUGCUCUGGAGAGGUUGAACUUGUUCGCUGAGGUCAUGAUGGCUCGAGACAACACCACAGCUCAGGUUUUGAUCGCACGGGCCGCUUCACUGUCUGCAGCAGCAAGAAACACACUCAAGAACAUCCAAAUCCACCAUGAUCGUAUGGUAUGGGAGCGACCAGAUACAAGAUUCUUGAGAAGGAAGCAGAAGCAUCAUGGGGAGAAACUGCAAGCCAGAGAGUUUCUGAUGAGGGGGAUGGAGAUGGCGUUGGGAUCUUGCAGUUCUUUUCCUCUAGGCAUGAGCCGCGAUGAGCUCACAAGUCUUUUAGAAGGUCCCAGAACACAGAUUGCUCCUAACUCAGAAUCUACUCUCAAGCCUGAGGACAGGCUGAGGUGGCAUCCUGAGGCUGGUUCUCUGUCCACUGCAGCUUUACCGGUUUGCUUCUUCCGGUAUUGUGUGGAACUCUUCAGGGGUGAUUUCUUAUCUCUGAGACAAGACAGUAAAUGUGUAGAUAGGGGUAACACCGAGGAAGAAACUCACCCAGACAAGGAAGGAUUCUCCACGACCAAGAGAGUUUUGGAUAUUCUCUGUGUCUGGAUGGCUAGAGAAAGGUUUGUUUUUGCACUGAAGUGCUCGGUUUCUCUAGGCCUUGCGGUGCUGUUUGGUAUUAUGUAUAACAAGAAAAACGGGUAUUGGUCAGGUCUAACCGUAGCCAUUAGCCUUGUAAGCGGUAGGCAAGCAACACUAACAGUAGCAAAUUCUCGUCUACAAGGGACAGCGAUGGGAUCAGUCUACGCUCUAUUAUGUUGCGCUGUUUUCCAAAGGUUACAAGAGUUCAGGUUCUUACCUCUGCUCCCUUGGAUAGCCGUGACCGUCUUCAUGAGGCACAGCAAAGUCUAUGGCCAACCGGGAGGAGUUACAGCUGCCAUUGCAGCACUGUUGAUACUUGGAAGGAGAAAUUAUGGAGCUCCAACUGAAUUUGCAAUCACUCGCAUUGUUGAAGCAUCAAUCGGGCUGCUCUGUUUUGCCUUUGGGGAGCUUCUGGUCACCCCUGCAAGAGCAGCAACUCUCGCAAGAACCGAGUUUUCACACUGUCUCGAUGCACUCUUAGAUUGCAUCCGGUUACUGGUUCUUUGUUCUGAGCAAAAGAACCAGAAAAUGUCAGUGGUUACAGAUUUGAGAAAAAGGCAGGCAAAACUCAAAUCUCAUGUUGAGGCUUUAGAGAGGUUUACAGCAGAAGCCUUGACCGAGCCUAAUAUUUCCUUCGUCCGCCCACUCAACGUGGUCAGUUACAACAAGCUUUUGGGCUCUCUCUCGAAAAUAUCUGAUCUUUGUCUCUAUGUUUGUGAUGGCCUCAAAAACCUAUCUGGAGCUCAACCAACACUUGUGUUUCCUUGGGAUCACAUCAGUCAUGACCUCAAAGCCUUCGAGGAAAAGCUCAACUCUUCGGUGAAAUGCUUAGAAGAGAUGGCAUCAACCAAGUCGCUAGCAAGACUCGAAAAAGAGUUACAGAAGAGAAAGAUAUGCCAUGAUAUUGAAGCAGGACCAACACCCAACGACAACAACUUAAACAUGGAGUUGGGUCCAAGCCAGGAUGAUGCAGAGAGGUUUUCGGUUUCUUUUGUAAUGCUACUGAAGGAAGCAACUGACAAGAUAAGUGGUGACACAACUGAGGCGGUUUUCAAGAGUGAGACUGCUCUAUGUUUGAGCAGUCUAGGAUUUUGCAUUAGCAGAUUGAUGCAAGAAACAAUAUGUAUUAUGACAGAAAUAACCCAUACAGCUUGA